GUCACGACCAAUCGAAGUCUGGGCACGAAAUCCCGUCGACCUCCGCCAGAAGGCUAUGGAAAAUAAGGCCGCGCGACAUCUCCUUCAGCCAGGACUCCAUUGGAAAGGCAUUCAAAGAUGGCAACACUCUGGACGGCACAAUGGCCAAAAUCAGGUCUGGGGAAUGCAAGAUUGAAGACAUCGAGAAGAUCCAGAUCACGUGGCAUUCCCAUGAGCAAACGUCCCCGGGCAAGCCACGCUGGUGGACCUUCACCGGCAAUCGGAGGCUUUCUUUAUACCGAAAGCUUAAGGAGGAAGGUGCCUUGGAGUUCAUCGUGGCCGAAUGGGUCAACACUGCCGUGCCUGACUGGCGCAUGACCACCCGCAAUGCCGACGAACGCCCAUUGGUGCGGCAGAAGUCGCGGCGCUGA